AUUGAGAGGAAAACUUUGAAGACUAUGCACCAUUGCUACAGAAGACAAGCAUACAUUAACACAUACAAGCACUGCAUAAUUCCUCUAGAUGGCAUGGAAAGAUGGGAAGAAACAGGCAUGCCUCCACUUGAUCCACCAGUGGAAAGGAAGAGGACGGGUAGACCUAAAAAGAAAAGGCAUUUAGAAGAUUGGGAAAUUUCUAAUGGAUCUAACAUUAGCAGAAAGGCUAAAGAGUCAUCAUCCACUCAAGCAAAUGUUGUGAAUAACACUCCCAUAAUAGUUGAGAUGCCUAUUGGAGAUGCAAGAGUUGCUGGAGGUGUUGAAAAGCAACUUUAACCAAAAAAUCAACAAGUUGCUAGAGGUGUUCAACUACAAAUUCAACCAGAAAAGGAACUACUUACUGCUAAUGAUCAACUGCAACUUCAUGCAAAAAUCAACUACUUGCUGCAAAUGUUCAACUACAAUUUCAACCAGAAAAUCAACUAGUUGCUAUUAA